AUGUUGAACACGUUGCUGGGGGUCUUGCUGAGAUUCAGGGAAAAUCGUGUAGCCCUUCUUGGUGAUAUAUCAAAAAUGUUUCACGCUAUAAAAAUACCAAUUCGUGAUCAGAUGACACACUUGUUCUUAUGGCGAGAUCUUCAGACAGAUAAAGAACCAAACACAUAUGCGAUGACAGCUGUAAAUUUUGGAGACAAACCUUCCGCGACUAUGGCUAUGGUCGCCCUACGAAAGACGACAGAAAAGCAAAGGCAGAACUACCCCAUAGCAUGUAAAGCAAUUAUAGACAACAGUUACAUGGACGACAUCACAGACAACGCUGAUAACGCGGAGGAAGCAAUUCAGCGAACUCGGGAGAUCGAUAUCAUUCUUGCAACGGGUGGUUUUAAGAUUAAGGAAUGGACGAUAUCUGGGUUAGAGAAACCAGGUAGUGAUGGAACUCAUCCAAUUGGUGAAUUAGAUAAUGAGGAUACGAAGAAAGUGCUUGGAAUGAAAUGGCAAUUUAAAGUUGACCACUUACUUUUUGAUAUCAACAAGCAAAGUCAACGCCUCUACCGAUUCCAACAGACUUCAGAGCCAUCAAGAUUCACAAGAAGAGAGAUAUUAUCCGUUGUCAACGGUAUAUACGAUCCCUUAGGACUUCUUUCACCCUACACCGUACAAGCCAAAAUCAUGAUGAGAAAACUAUGGACAAAGGAUCGACAAAUAUCAUGGGAUGACCCACUGCCGGAAAAUCUAGCGGAUGAAUGGCGUGAAUUCUUUCAAGUCCUACCUGAAUUACAAAGGAUUUCUUACCCGCGAGCCAUCAAACCGGAGAAAGCUGUUGGAGAACCUGCAUUGGUCAUAUUUUCUGAUGCAUCUGGAACAGCAUAUGGUGCCGUGGCUUACGCCAGAUGGGAACUGAUUGACGGGUCAUUUGGAAGUAGAAUCAUUGUGGCUAAGAAUCGAGUCGCACCCAUAAGGAUAAUUGACAUUGUGCGCUUGGUGUUAAUUGCUGCUGUUUUAAGUAAGCGCAUCAGAUGCUUUAUCGAAAAGGAGACUAAAUUGAAGUUCUCAAAAGUGUAUCACAUAGUUGAUAGUGAAAUAAUCAAAGCGAUGAUCUCGAAGGAAAGUUAUGGUUUCAACACAUUUGCUGCAAACAGAAUUGGCGAAAUACAACACUCUACCAGUCCAUCAGAAUGGUUUUGGGUGAAGGGCUAUCUAAACAUAGCUGAUUGGAUCACCAGUACCACCACCAUAAAAGAAUUACCAGAAUGUCCAAAGAUUUCUUUUGUCAAUGUGUCCGUUGGUCAGUUUGUGGAAACAUUAGCUGAGAGGAUCGAUAUUGAGCGCUUCAGCAAACUCGAGCUACUUAGAAAUACGACAGCAAGAAUUCUAAGAUUAUACAAAAGAUUCCUGUCGACCAACCAAGGUAGAGAAAUAGGCAAAGGCGAGCUGACAAUAGAGGACCGGCAAUAUGCAGACAAUUUUUGGAUCAAGGAAGCUCAGAGAACUAUCGAGGACGAAGUUAAGAAGGGAAAGUAUAUUAAGCUGUGUCCGAAGUAUGAAGAUGAAAUUCUGGUGGUGGGUGGUCGGACAGAGCGAUGGAUGGAGGCGACGAAACGCAAGGAAAAGAGUCUUCAAGUCAUGAGUAGCCUCCCUGUUGAGAGACUUCGCCCGUCGCCACCGUUUAGUUCAACCAGUUUGGAUUUCUUUGGACCAUACCUCAUUCGUGGUGAAGUGCAAAAACGAGUCAGAGGAAAGUGUUAUGGUGUAAUAAUGACAUGUAUGGUGUCAAGAGCAGUUUACAUCGAUUUAAGCCACGACUACUCGACAGAUGCUUUUCUUCAAGUGCUACGACGAUUUUCUAGUUUACGGGGUUGGCCGCGCAGGAUUUACAGCGAUCAAGGUUCACAACUUGGGGGGGAGGGCAUCUAA